AUGUCCGAUAACAAGAAACAGGAAAAAGAUUUCACUUCUGAAGUUGACGCUCUUCUGCCUGAAACCGCGUCAUUGGCGAAGGCUGCCGAUCCAAAAUCGACCACCACCCUCGUCAAAACCAUUACAGAAUAUUGCUACAAUGCUCGCGAUUUUGACUCUCUGAAUUCGAACAUAAGUAUCUUGAGCAAGAAACACGGCCAGCUUAAGUCCGUCAUACAGGCCAUGGUCGAACAAGCGAUGGGAUGGCUAGAGGAUAUACGGAAGAAGGAGGGUGACAAGCAAUGGUUGCAGCUAGUAGAGACGCUAAGAGAGGUUACAGAAGGAAAGAUCUUCUUGGAGACACCACGAGCACGCGUUACUCUCUUGCUCUCGCGAUAUCAUGAAGAUCUUUACAGUAAAAGCGCAUCUGCAGAAGAAAAGCGGAAAUCUCUGGAAACCUCUUCCGAGCUUUUAUCAGAUCUUCAAGUUGAAACUUAUUCGUCAAUGGAACGCCGAGAGAAAACAGAAUUUAUCCUCGAACAGAUGCGACUACUCAUUGCCGUAGCACGACAAAAGGAUGACACUGCCAAAGCCGAAGGAAAGGAUUCUCUGGCUGGAGGUGACGCCGAAUGGGUAAAAGCCAGGGUGGGAGGCAGAAAGGUUAACGAAAGCUUUCUCAAGGAAGCAGAGAACGAAGACCUUAAAUUGAAAUUCUACGACCUGAUGAUACAGCAUGCCCUGCACCAAUCAUCUUACUUGGAUGUUGCGAAAUACUAUCAUAAAGUAUGGGAAACUCCUUCUAUCAAGGACGACGUGAAUGACAAGGGAAAAGCCGCUCUUGAGCAUAUUGUGUACUAUAUCGUCCUGUCGCCACACGACAAUGAGCAGUCCGACAUGUUGAAUCGGAUUUACGUCAAUCCUGCGUUGGAAAAGUUGCAGCUCCAUUACAACCUGGUUAAAUGUUUUGUGACGCGCGAGCUAAUGAGAUGGCCGGGAAUCAUAGAGCUGUACGGAGAAUUUUUGCGGGCGACUCCAGUCUUCUCAAUCGAGAAACGAUGGGAGGAUCUGCACACUCGAGUCAUCGAACACAAUGUUCGCGUCGUUGCAGCCUACUACACACGCAUCACUCUUUCUAGACUAACUUCACUCCUUGAUUUGGAUCGCAAGCAAACAGAAGAAACGAUAGCAAGGCUAGUGGUUGGCAAAACCAUAUGGGCACGUAUCGACCGGCCUGCUGAAGUAGUGACGUUCCGGAGUCAAAGGAGUGCUGAAGAUGUGAUGAACGACUGGAGCUCGGAUAUGCAAAAGUUACUAGGUCUCGUCGAAAAGACAUGGAUGGGUAUGAACGCCGCACAAGCUGCACAAUCACGAAUAAAAGCAUCAUAA